AUGUCGAAAGAAGCCACAGCUUGUACUGAGAAGAUCGAUAAGAUUGAAACUUUCAUCAAUGAAAAAUUACGCAUUGAUCUGAAACGCGUGCUUGAAGCUGGUGAUGCAAUGUAUGGGGAUAUUUCGAGUUACCUUGAGCUUCAAAACCUACUUGAGAAGUUUUCUGAAAUGGACAUAAAAUCUGAAGACAGUGAAGGCAUUGAAACUAUGGUUGACAUGGGACUUAAUUUUUACAUGAAAGCGAAUAUACCAUCGUUAGCGAAACUCUACGUCGAUGUUGGUUUAGGUUUUCAUGUUGAAAUGACUCCCGCAGAGGCCCUUGAGUGCGUUCGUCAACGUAUAGAAUUCCUAAAUGAGAAGGCGGAAGUUUUUCGCAAAAAGGCUUUCGAAAUUCGCGCUCAAAUCCGAGUUAGUCUGGAAACUCUUAGAAUCCUACAAAAUCUUGAUGUCGAAACGCGACCUGACUAUCGUGAUGUUCUCUUAUAA